UGUCUUGUUCUGAUUGGUUCCCCUGUUCCAUGUGUCCCCUUCCUAUUGGUUUGUUUUGUCAUGUGCUCCCUCAUGUUUGGUAUUUAAGUCUCUCACUCACUCUUCUGUUUGCUGAUCGUUGUAUAGCCUAGUUCCUAGUACCUGUGUUUUUCCUUCCUGUGUUUUUCCUAGUCUUGCCCUUGUGUUUUUUGAUCCCGGACCGUUUCCUGUUGUUUUGUUUGCCUGCCGCCUGCCCUGACCUCUUGCUUGAACUCUAACGUUGAUUCUGGAUUGUCUCUAUUGCCCUGUAUGCUGGUUAUCGACUUGGAUUGUACGACUACGAUUAUUGGAUUAAUAAAGCUUGCAUUUGGAUCCACGUCCUACGGUCCCUUUGUUACAGAACGAUCAGCCACACAGAUCCAGCAGCUUAAUCCCCAGCCAUGGACCCAGUUGACCAGCUUCUGCAUCUGCGACAGAGAGACUCAUCUAUUGAGGAUUACGUCUACCAGUUCUGCAAACUAUGCCACCAGGUACCGUUUUUUGAUGAGGUUAUGUUUAAGGACUUAUUCCGUUUUGGACUUAAUGAGCCCAUUAAAUCAUGGUUCCCUGAAGGAAAAUUCAAUUGUAGUUUAAAGGAUUUUAUGGACUAUGCACUAAUUGUGAGCGGUUCUGCAUUCACUGUGGAUAUCGCUGAGGAACAUAGCACUACACUGGAGCCUUGUCACAAAAUGGCUGCCAACACAGAAGUGGUUUGCAAAAUGGCCGCCAGCUCAGAAACUUUCCACAGAAUAGCCACCAUUCCUGAGCCUGCUCACAUCAGGUCAGCGGCACUUCCUGAGUCAAGUCAAGCAGCACUUCCUGAGCCAUUGCACAAGAUGUCCACCAGCCCAAAGCCUGUUCACAAAAUGGCCGCCCUUCCAGAGUCUGCUCACAAGAUGGUUGCCCUUCCAGAGUCUGCUCACAAGAUGGCCGCCCUUCCAGGGUCUGCUCACAAGAUGGCCGCCCUUCCAGGGUCUGCUCACAAGAUGGCCGCCCUUCCUGGGUCUGCUCACAACAUGGCCGCCCUUUCAGGGUCUGCUCACAAGAUGGCCGUCACGCCAGAGCCACUGCACAAGAUGGCCGUCACACCAGAGCCACUGCACAAGAUGGCCGUCACGCCAGAGCCUGUCCACAAGAUGGCCGCUGUCUCCCAGCCGUACCACAAGAGGGCCGCCAUCAUAGAACCCUCGGCCAGCACUUGGACGCCGCCUGUGGUCAUGAUGGCCCACGUGCUGGAUCCACCCUUAAUGACGGUAUGGGCAGCUAAAGUGGCACUCCUUCACACCGUGGCGGCUACCCCGGGGUCAAGUCAGGCUUUCAAGUCAAGUCAAGACACAGUUGUCGUUCUCCACGAGUCAGGUCACGUUACGGCUGUUGUUCAGGAGUCACGUCCCGUUACAGCGGAUUUCCAUAAGCCAAGCCAGGCUACAGCAGAUCCUCAUGAGCCAAGUCAAGUUGCUGCUGUUAUUCUAGAGCCAAGUCAAGCUUCAGCCGCUGGUCCAGAGUCCAGUCAAGCUUCCAAGUCCAGUCAAGCUUCCAAGUCCAGUCAAGCUUCCAAGUCCAGUCAAGCUAAGGUAACAGCCAUAGUUCCUGAGUCAAGUAAAGUCAAUGAUCUUCACAAGUCAGUUCAAGUCACCGCUGGUCUUCACGUGUCAGAUCAAGUCACCACUGAUCUCCAUGAGUCAAAGCAGUUCACUACUGAUCUUCACGAAUCAAGUCAAGUCACAGCCAAUCCCCACAAGCCAAGUCAAACCACAGCUGUUCCAUCGAAGCCAAGUCAAGUCACCGCUGUUCCCUCAAGGUCAAGUCAAGUCACAGCUGCUCCCUCAAAGCCAAGUCAAGUCACAGUUGUUCCAGCCAAGCCAAGUCAGGCUACCACUGUUCCACUAAGGCCAAGUCAAGUCACAGCUGUUCCACUAAAGCCAGGUCACGUCUCGCCCGAGCGUCCAGAGCCAGGUCACGUCUCGUCCGAGCGCCCAGAGCCAAGUCACGUCUCGCCCGAGCGUCCAGAGCCAGGUCACGUCUCGCCCGAGCAUCCAGAGCCAAGUCAUGUCUCGUCUGAUCUACCAGAGCCACACCAUGCCUCGUCUGAUCUACCAGAGCCACACCAUGCCUCGUCUGAUCUACCAGAGCCACACCAUGCCUCGUCUGACCUGCCAGAGCCACGGCAUGUCUUGAUCGCCAGUGUGAUGGACACUCCUCUGAUGUCAGUACAGGACGCAGAACCUUCGCUCCCAAACCACGCAGAGCCGACACUCCCAAGCCACGCAGAGCUGACGCUCCCAAGCUUCACACCUUCCAGCCCGGUGGGCAUCCCAUUGCCUACUGCGCUACCUGUGAUUGCAAUCGCCAUUUUGAGUGUGUGGGCUGCACACUGCAUCCCAGAGGCCUCCCCUGUUCACGAGUCUGCUCCAGAGGCCUUGUCUGUCCACGAGUCUGCUCCAGAGGCCUCGUCAGUCCAUGAAUCUGUUCACAAGUCCGCCCCUGAGACCACGUCUGGUCUCAAGCCUGCUCCAGAGCUCCCGUCUGAUCUCAGGCCUGCUCCAGAGCUCCCGUCUGGUCUCAAGUCUGCCCCAGAGGACCCGUCUGGUCUCAGGUCUGCCCCAGAGGACCCGUCUGGUCUCAGGUCUGCCCCAGAGGACCCGUCUGGUCUCAAGUCUGCCCCAGAGGUCCCGUCUGGUCCCAAAUCUGCUCCAGAGGCCUUCCCUGUCGGAGAAGAAGCGCCAAUGCCUCCAGAGGUGUCAGCGCCAGCUGUGGAACCUCUUAUGGAGGGGGCGUUACCCUUUAAACUCUCUGCUUCUCCCUUUAUUCUGUCUGCCUCCUCUGUCCCUGUUCUCCCUAGGUCCCAAUUCAUGAUGCGGGUUCCUGCUCAGCCCUGGAGGGCCCCGGCGCCCCCUGCUCUGCCUCCUGUUCUGCCCUGGAGGGCCCCGGCACCUCCUGUUCUACCCUGGAGGGCCCCGGCGCCUCCCGCUCUGCCUCAGCCUCCACCCUGGAGGGCUUCUGCGCCUCCUGCUCUGCCUCCGGCUCCGCCCUGGAGGGCUCCUGCGCCACCUCCGGCUCCGCCCUGGAGGGCUCCUGCAUCUCCUGCUCUGCCGCCGGCUCCGCCCUGGAAGGCCCCUGCGCCUCCUGCUCCACCUCCGGCUCCGCCCUGGAGGGCUCCUGCGCCUCCUGUCUUGCCCUUGUGUUUUUUGAUCCCGGACCGUUUCCUGUUGUUUUGUUUGCCUGCCGCCUGCCCUGACCUCUUGCUUGAACUCUAACGUUGAUUCUGGAUUGUCUCUAUUGCCCUGUAUGCUGGUUAUCGACUUGGAUUGUACGACUACGAUUAUUGGAUUAAUAAAGCUUGCAUUUGGAUCCAC